AUGGAUACUGAUGGAGAUGAAUUACAAAUAAGUCAUGAAAUGCCAACGUGCUCGAAACAAACUGAAAAUUCUAACUGGCAGGUGUUGAAUGAUCGUUUACAAGAACAAACGGAAAAAAUUAAUAAAUAUUCGAUAAUGGAAUAUGAAUGGGAACUAAAAGCCAAUGAACUUCAAAAUGUUAUAAAUCAUAUGAAGUCUGAAUUAAAAUGUCAGAAAUGUAAGGAAAACGUGCUAAUAUCAAAAAUUGAAGAUUAUGAAAAAGUAUUUAAUCGUACACAACAAGAACUGUGCGAUACUAAAUCAAAGUUAGAGGAGCGAAAUUGCGAGAUUAAAAAAUUAUGUGUCAACAAAAAAACUAACGAAGAGGAUAUUAGUAAAUUGCGUGAUCAACUGUGUGAAUGUAGAAAAGAAAACGAGAAAUUAAACGAGAAUAUUAAAGUAUUGACUGAGGAACUAAAAUGUGCCAAAACGGAAAUUAAUGUACAAAAAUUAUGUGUCGCGACUAUGGAAGAAAACAUCAAAAAUGACCGAGAGAUGUAUUCAUGUGAAUUGAAAAAUAAGUGUAAGAAAUUGAAAGACAUGAAGACACUAUAUGAAGAGACGAAAAAUCAACGAAAUGAAGAAAUGUGUAAAGUCAAAAAUUUAGUAUCUACAUUGAACGAUUUAAAUAAAUCAAAUGAAAAAAAAUCUUGCGAUUUAUAUAACUGCUUAUUGGAAUCAAAAACAGAACAAUGUACGAAGGAUAGUACUAUAUGUCAACUAGAGAAUAAAGUAAAAGAGUUACAAAAGCAAAAUAAUUUUAAAGAUAUUGAAUUAAGGUUCAAAAAAAGUAAUUGUGAGUUAGAACAAAUAAAGGUAUUUUCAGAAAAGUUGUGUAAAUUUAAGCAAAAAUGCGGAGCUAAUCAUUGUCAAGAAAAUAAAAUUCAGAAACCAGUUUGUUGUAAUGUAAAGAUGAAUUGCUGUAGCAUGCAGACAAAUUGUUGUAAAGUGGAAAAAUUUUGUGAGAACUUGAGAAAAACCCCUCAUGUAUGUUGCAAGAACACGAAUACUACUCAAAAAUGUGAGCAAAAGUGCGAAGAAAAAUGUGAAGAAAAAUGCGAAGAAAUAUGCGAUAAAACUCAAAGCAGCUGUCAUAAGAUAGACUCAAAUGAUUUAGUAUCUAAAUUACACAAUUUAAAAAAAGAUAUUGAGACACUUCGAAUGUAA